GUUUGUCUGUUCUGUUCGGAGGCAGCCUGUUUGCUCUGUUCUUCUCCAGGACCUGCAUCUCUUGUCUGUGGAGCGGUGAGCGUUAUGGCUUCAGAGCCGCUGAUCGUGGACCUUGACUCUGAGAAGCGCGUCGAGAGCGAAGCAGACAUAGCAGACACCCAGACGGGCGGCAACGGGGAGGAAGAGUCGCCCAAGGAGGCGGCCUCGCCUGCACAUGGCCAAGACGCCUCUGGCAACGCUGCCGAGGCCGUCAACGGCACCGAGAGCGAGGCGCCCUCUGCUGGUGGAGAGAAGGAGAAUGAGAAUGACGCCGAGGAUGACCAGCAGGACAAGCACCUGACUGAGAAGGAGCAGGGCAAUAAGGUCGGAAGCCACGGACUGCAUUGCACUGCAUCAAAGCUGAUACGCACAAGACACUGUACUCGUUAUGCAGGCGUAUCGUGAUGGUGAGUAUGUGACGGCGCUGACCCACUGGGAGCGAUCGCUGCGCAGCUGCCGGUACAUCUUGGCGAAGAAGAUGCUCGAAGAGGCGGGGCAGAAGGAGAUACGGGAGCUUGAGAAGACACUCAACCUCAAUAUGGCCAUCGGAAACAUCAAAACCAAGGCAAGCAAGACGGAUACAUGGAUGGACAGCAGACAAGGCGGCCCUGUGGAGUGAGUGGAUGGAUGCAUGCGUGUGUGGAUGGAUGGAUGUGCACCCUCAGAACUACCACGAGGCGAUCGACUACUGUGACCGUGUGUUGGAGGUCGACCCGGCUAACGUCAAGGCGCUCUUCCGGAAAGCUGACGCACUCGUAACUACCCCAACACGCACACCAAGACAUGCAAUCAGCUCAACCACCUGCAGCACGGCCUGUGUGUGCACUGACUGCAUAUGCCAGUAUCAGCUGACGGACUACCAGGAGGCGAUAGACAUCCUCGACGCCCUGCUGCUGGUGGACACGGGCAACCCGGCGGGCAAGCAGCUCAAGCUCAAGAUACAACACGACCAGGCCAAAUACCGCACCGCACAAAAGAAAAUGGUUAGCUACGUCAACCAACUUCCACUUCACUCAGUUCGACGCACGUGUGCUGCUCUGCUGUGUGGUGUGCACACAGGGUCGGGCUGUCGUGUCUGGGCUCGGCAGCGACCCACGAUCAGUGACGCCAGGUGGGCUGUCAACUAAGCAACGGCCACACACACAUGUGUCGGCCAAUGCCGCGUGUUUCCGUGUCUGUGUGUGUGGCAGGCACGCUGGCGUGGUAUUGGCGUGAGUUGAAGAGUUUCCCCGGCAAGACCCUCUCCUACAUCACAUACCUCACUCUCAAGGGCAACCUGCUCGCUCAGCUGCAGAAGAUCCCGGCGGCCGUCGCAUCUCUGUGCAGCAAGAGGGCGCCACAGGCACCCACACACACGCCAGCCAGCGGCAGGAAGGCCCCCCACGCGUCGUUCAUCCCGCCCCCUCCAUUCUCCCCCUCCGCGUCGCCAUCGCUUGUAUCGCGGUCCCCGAAGAACAAGGAGAUGUCGCCGUCGAUCGGCAGCGUCAGCACGGACCUGCCCCCGCCAGCCUCGACCAGCAGCAUGAGGGAUUAUGAGGAUGCGGACAUCGACGACGGGAGGGGGCUGGGGAUCGGCAGGCGGAACAACAAAGGGCGGCAGGCGGACAGGUCGGCAGGCUGGUAGGAGUGCAGUGCAGUGCCAUCGAAGUAAUUCAUACAUCAAUGGAUGGAGAGAGGGGGGGGAGCAAGGACAGGUGUGUGUGAGGGUUCUGUUUUGAUUAUGUGUGUGGUGUGGUGUGCUGUGGUGUGGUGAGCAGCGGCUUUGCGUGUUGUGCUUGGGUGUGGUGUAUGACACCCGCUGGGCUGCUUUCGCAGCAGAUGAUGUAGAUGUAUGUAUGAUGGUCUCUCCGACAUGGUAUAGUGAGAGGCCGUCACCCGACGUCACAUCGUUUGCCGGAGGCGGACCGACCUACAUGAAUGUCAUACAUACACACGCACCACGACACGCUUGCAUUGACUGAUUGACUCCAUGGAAUACAUGUGUUUGUGUAUACGGAUGGAUGGAUGGAUUAUUGCACGGCGACUGACUUGGUGCGACUAGUGAGUGAAUCAAUGAGUGGAC